CACACACACACAAUCCCUCACUCUUAACCUUCCCUCCCCCCAUUAAACGAGCAUGCAAAACAGUUCAGAUUGAGUUUCUUUAAUAAUUUCUCGCUGUCACCAAAGGCAAAGAUAGCGUGGUUUUCUUGUUAUUAUAUAUUUAAUUUCUUUGUUGGGAAGCUCGACAAAAGGUUAAAUAAUAUGCUUUAACAUGAAGCUAAAGGGCGGUUAAAGCCAUGCCUCCUUUUCGGGUGAGGAGCAAAUACAUUUUGCCAAGAGAUCAGAUAUGGUGAUGGAGGGAACAAUGAAGAACAAAAGGCCCAGAGAAGAGGAGGCUGAAGAAGAUCUCUGCAACAAGAAGGAGAAAAAUGCUCGGUUGGAGGAAGUGGGUAUCAAUGAUUUCUAUAGCAAUUUGAGCACUUUUUCUUCUGAGAAAUCCAUGGUGUUGAAUGAUCAAUGGAGUUUUCCGGAUGAUGGUCCCGUUUCUGAUAUCAGAGGCAUAGCCAUUAGAAAGCAGUCUUAUAUAAAGGACUAUUUCAACAGUGUUGAAGAAGUUGGAUUAGAGGAUAAGAGGACGAAUCAGGAUAAUGGGGGUGAUCUGUUUGAAGAGCUCUGGAGGCCUCAGAGCCCCUUGUGUGGGGCAGCAGAGAGUCUCUUUGGAGGUUUUGAUUAUUUCAUGGGUGCCAAUUUGGGGGAUGAGAGGGAUUCUGGAUUCAGAAUUUGGGAAGAAUCUGAGGAACAGGAUGAUGAGAAGAAUGUGAACAGGAAUUGCCAUAAAAGUUCAGAUGGGAUUGGUUUGUUGUAUGAGAAUGAUGUGGCUGAUUGGAUUUGGGGGACUCCAUUAAAUCAGCCUCUGUGUUCUGAAUCUCUUGAAUUCAAGGUCUCUACACCAUCUCUGUAAGUGGGUCUGGGUUGUAAUGGGGGAUUCUUCAUGCAUGAAUCUAUUUUAGAUUGUUAUGUUUAGUUUCUGGUAUCAAUUGUAAGAGUUUAUUUCUGGAACGUUUCGAAACAAACUGUAUGAUGAUCCAUUAUCAGAAAGAAAGAAGAGAGCAAAAAAAAAGAACAUAAUACUAUCCUAUCCUUCAUGCAUGAACCCAUUUUACAUUAUGGUGUGGAAUAAUUUUAUGUAGAGUCCAAUGAAACUGUUUUUGCCCUGUGUUGUUAUCAUGGUGGAUGUCUUGGGAAAGACAUUGCUGUUUUUUUUAAUUCAAUUUAUAUGGUUUCUCAGUAUGAAUAAAUUAUUUUGGACACUUGGGUUAUUUUA